GUCCAUUUAUCAAACGCGGGACAAAGGCUAAUAAUUGUGUUGGACACGUGCGAUUAUAUCGGGCACGCAUCCCAACGGCGGUGAAAAAGUAAAAACGGCACGCGGCAAAAGCUUUCCGAAACGAUAUCGAUAGGAAGAACAGUUUUUCCCAUGGUGUGGUGAUUUUUUUAUUUUUUUUUAUUUGUUUUUUUUUUUUUAUCGACAAUCUCAGCUGAGACGAAAUUUUCUGUGACAAGUAACGUGUUUGAGAAUGAUUAAUUUCAAGGUAUAAACCGGCGCUAGGAUAAAGUUUCGAUAUAAUUCGCCACGUCCUGUUUGUGAAUGUGAAAUUAUUUGUUUAUUUUUCAAUAUUUUUUUUUCUUCUUCUUUUAUUCUUAUUUUACAAACAAUCGUUUAACGGGAGUAAUCGCAAACAUGAAAAUCUGUGAACUCGAUUCGGUGGCGUGUUUUAGACACCUUUUUUUUUAACGUAAGACUUGGAUAAUUACCCUCGAGUUGUUUUUUUUUUCUUUCUCUAUUCUUUCAACGGAAACAAAAAGUGGAAAUAAGUGGAUAAGGUGUUAAAUGGCGACGAAAGGAUACAAAUAAUCGCCCUGAAGAGGGAAAUUGAGAGAGAGAGAGACAGCGGAAGGGCGAGUUGAAGCGCAAUUUUAAUCCGAGAGAUUCAGGCGCGUAAUUCUGCGUAUGGGAUCAGGAUGAAGAAGAAGGUGUCCUGAAGGUGUUCCAUCAUCCCAGUCCGCGACAAACGCGGUUUCAGCCAGAUUCGAAGAUGAAAUGCGACGCCAUAAUUUGCCUCUGUUUUAUACUGCCUUUGAUGACCGAUCUCUGCUGGGGAGGCGUCAUCCAUGCAAAAGCCUGCAACCGCACCAUCAGAACUUCAGUUGGAUGGGUUCACUGGACAGGACGAAUGGGCAGAUGCGUCGUCAGGAUUCGAGCACCGUUGAGAGAUCCUCAGGUCGUAGAGCUGAGAAUCCGCAGACUUCAAGUCGGAACUCUUCGGGACUCGAUCUGUCACGGUGCCUACGUCCAGUUUUCUGACGGCAUCGAGGACCUCGAGGACGAUGUCGGACGGUACUGCGGACACGUGACCGGAAAUGCAACCAGACUCUUCCUGAGAAAAGGUCCGGAACUAAACAUCGUGAUGGAUUCUGACAAGAACUUCGCCGACAAGAAUCCAGUGAUAUUCUCAGCCCAAUUUUCGGUGCUUCCGGUUCGCCUUGCAAUGGAGAGACACGGCGAUUCGCUACCUUCGGCAGCCGAAUGUUCGCUGGAUUGUUCGAACCACAAUUAUCAGCGUCAAUGCAGGAUCACUUCGCCAGGAUUCCCCGGCGUAUAUCCGAGGGGAAUGCGGUGCAGAAUAUCGCUCGAGUCGACCUCGGGAAGGUUUAAAAUCGGCGGUAUUUCCGACGACAUCUUUAGCCUGAUGAACUACACGGUCCAGGACGGAUGCAGGACCGAAAAUUGCGAGGACCUGCACGUGGAGGAGGACGCGCGAUCUUCAGGGGAGGAAUCACCCAUCGAGACCGAGUCUUCCGACGAACCUAGGCACCAAAGAGGUUUGAAGAGCUUCGACUACCGGCUGGACGAGGACGACGAGGUGAUAAUCGGCAGCGACGUGAGACAGAGGAAACCGAAGACGAUUAACGGGAGGCGAAAAAUGACGGAAGGUAACCGACGGAGGAGGGUGAAGAGUAGAAGAGGAAGAGGAAAGGGGGGGAGAAAAUCGUCGGGAUCGAAGAACGCGGAACAGAGAUUCGACGAGAGUUUUUCUCCGUCUUCGGGGCUGGGUGAAAAGAUUUUCGAGGAGACGGCGAUGGGACAAAUGAGGAAGAGCAGCGCCCUCUUCGACCACAGAUUUAAACGGCGACACAAGUCCUUGGAGAAGUUUGACGGGUUUCGUUGCGUCGGCGAUUAUCUGGCGAUAUACGAAAACCUGAACGGUAAGAUCGUCGAGAUAUCGAAAUUCUGCGGCGAGGGUAACGUUCCCGAAAUAUUAUCACGCGGUCGGAACGUGAUCGUAGAAUUUUUCAGCAAACGUGACGGUACCGUGAUGCACGACGGGUUCAGACUUACUCUGCAGGAGACCAAAACCGAGCACAACGAGGCCGCGAGGCACCGGAAGCACUGCGAUUUUGUAUACAAAAGUUCGGACCGGGGUACCAAGGAGAGCAUCAAGUCGUUCCAGCAUUGGUACCCACCCAGCACUUUGUGCAGCUACAAAUUUGUGGGAAAAACUGGAGAGCGGGUAUUCGUGCAGCUGAGGAUAAUACGUAACUCCUUCGAGGACGAGUCAGGAUCGACAGAUUCUAGGCGGAAUUCGAGCCUGAAUUACUGUCCUGGUAACGAAAUCACCGUCUACAAUGGAGCCUUUACCAACGAUUCGCUCGCUUGGUCCUACUGCGACAUCCUCCACUCCGACAUAAACAAUAUCCAGGUACCGGUGACGUCGACUGGAAAUGUUUUACUCGUCCAGUAUUACAGCUGGAAAGGGUCAUUCAGUGGACAGGAGUUCACCUACGGUAUAUCGUACAAGUUUGUGAAGAAGUCACAGAGCGUGGCGAAGCGGAAACCCGACGUCCUCAACGAAACCAAGAUCGCGAUCUCGCUAAAGCCGGUCAAUUUUUCCGCCCUCAAUCUUACCGACUACGAAAAUUGUAAUUGUGACUUUUCGACGAGGAUCGGAACCUUCAAGAGCUGGUUCAUAGUCCUCGUCGUUCUCGGUGUUAUAUCGUUCUUUGGCGCUGUUAUUACCAUCGUUGCGCUCCUCAUGAAGUGCCUCAAGAUCAGAUCCAUGGAGAACAAGUUGCUGCAGACACCGAAACGGUGAACGUCGAUACGUUGAACUUGUGGUCAACAUUUAUCGGAUGAUGUAUCCAAAGCCGUCGUCUAUCGGGAACAUCGAAUCAAAUGUUCCCGACGAGUUACCAAAAGUCGUUCAUUUUUAUCUGGCUAAAUAUCUACGUCGCUUUGUACCACUGGUCUCAUCGUAUCGCGUUAUUUGGACCGCACGUGAUGCAUGGGAUGCGGUUUUUCACGGUGGUACGACAUAUAGAAUUACCAUAAGGCGUGUGAUGCAUUGUUCAAACUGCGUUAACCGUAUAACAGUGUAAUUUAUUCGAACAUAUCUGCAUGAGUAUGCUUCCGUAAUGUCGUUUUCCUGUCGGUCGCUAUUCAAGUUCAAUUAUUGGUUUGAAAAUAUCAUUCACAGAGUCGUGUAGAGAACCAUUAACUGUGAUUUCAUGUGUGCGGUGUGGGGGAUUGACAUCUUGGUAAUUCCAGCAUACUUUAAGUGGCCUCUAAUCGUUCGAUGCAUUUGGUUCUAAACUGCCUCGGUUUGGCUGCACAACACUGUGUGAUCAAUUUAUACAGCAGAUACUGUAAAGUGUGUCGAAUUUUUAAGGAAUCGCCCAUAGGCACAGGGUGUACAUGCAUCGAACUUGACUAUCUGGUGAGUGAAUUUGAUACCCGUUGACUGAGUUAGACAUUAUUUUAGCGACUAACUGUAUUAUUACCAAAAACUAGAUGGGUAAGUAGCAUCGCAAAUAUCAUGUACCUAUAAUAAUAUACCUUACUCUAUAUUUAUAUUUAAUAAAGAUUUACAUUACUA